UUUUCCUUUUUAUGCCUGAUCUUGUUGCUGAGAAGGAAGUUGUUGACUUAUUUUAUUCUUUGUGUUUCUUACUGUGUGUUGAGCGUCAAGGAUCCAACCCCUUCUAGCUUUUCUGGUUAUAUUAACGAGUGAUCAUUGUAUUGUAAGUGUUCAAUUUAUAUAUGUAUAUUUGUUUUAAGGUCAAACAACUCAGAAGUUGUAUUAGAUGCCAUGGUGACAACAAUGACCAUUGCCAUCUUGGAAAGUGAUGAUAUUUCUUUGGAGAUUCUUAUUCCCCUUUUAGCCAGUGUGAGAAAGGAAAAUCAGAAUGUUUUCUCUAAGCCCUGGAAGUAGGGGAAGUAAUAAAAAAUUGUGCUGCAAAGAUUGAACCUUAAAUUUUGAAAGCAGUGAACAGCUUAGGAGUUCCUGUGGACAGUUAUGAUCAAAUAGUUGGUUCUAUUUGCCGAAAUGCAACUGACUGUAUCAAGUCUUUUGAUGUCCCUGGUUCUAAGGAACAUUUGACCAGCUAUCCAAUGUAUGGGUGGGAAGAGGCUUAGGUGCAAAACUACAUCUGAAAAUCCUGGAACUGAAGAAACUAAUGACAAGGGACAAUCAGUAGACUUUAUGAGUGCUGGUUCUUCACUUAAACUGUAUAUUCAGCAACAAGACCAAUCUGUGAACCCAUGGAGUUGUCAAAAAGAAAAGCAGCAGAAUCAAGAGAUGCAGAUCCCACCCUCUGAAGACGCAUUUCCAGCUAAUAGUGGAGGCAGUGGAACAACGAUCGUGCAAGGCUAUGAAGUCAAGGCUAGUGUUGCGCCUGUACUUACCGCCAUAUUUGCCUAGUAUGGUGAUAUUGCGGCUAACUGCCGGCACAAGUCACCAUCAGUAAGGGCUUGUUUGCUUGAAAUUGUCUCUGAUAUAUGUUGUUCGCCGACUACAAAGCACUGACAUUCCGCUCACUGUCACUGAGAUUAAAGUCCUCCGAAAUGAAAUAAAAGAUUUGGAGGCUAGAAAGCUAAAGCUUUCAUGGCUUACCCAACCAUUAGAAAAAAUUUCUGAAGUAGAAAGGAUUGCUGGGAUGCGUUCUAUGCUCAAGUCUGUAAAAGCAAGUAGCAUGUUGGUCAUAAAAGCAGCAACCAAGGAGCUGGAAGAUGCACUCAUGGAGCUAGUGGCACUGCAAAGACGCAUGGGGGAGGCUGAAAAUAGUGUAAAUGCAAUGAAGCUUGUGGUUCAAAAGGUUGAUGAUGCCAUUAAAGAGGCUGAGGAUCAGGAGCGUCACUGGCUAAGGAGUAUGAAUAAGCUGCCAUAGUGCUUUCUGCAGAAACAAAUUAACAAAGUACUUGCUAUGAAAUAUCUUUUUUGUGAGCAUUGAGGCCCAAUGUUCAUCAACUGCAUUCUGGUAACCAACACAAUCGAACUGCAGUCUAGGCUUGUAUGUGUUGGUGUUGGUUGUUCCUGUGUGCUCCUUUUGUUCCUGCCAGUUCUUAAGAAAUCAAUUUUCCUGUGUUGAGGCUUCCUUGUCGACUCCACAAAAGAUCAUUGUUCUGUGAUUGAUGGCUUGAGAUUCACGAGAAGGUCUGGUAUUAUUGUCUCCUAUCAGAAUUCGAACUCAAGGCUUUACAACUUUAAAGACGGCUCUAGUACUAUUGAACUAAAAGUCAUUUGUGCAAUGUUUUCUUUAUUUAAUUUAUACUAUUCCAUAAUAGAUCAUUUAUGGCAAAUUAUAGGAAAUUAUUAUUUAUUUUUUAUAUUUUAAUGAAAAUAAUUACUUGUUGUCAGUA